UUUUAGGGCGGGUUUAGUUUUCGGAUACGGAAGAGGAAGGAGCUAUGUUUUGAAAGCAUUGUCAGAAGUUUAGAAAGUUACGAAAAAGGGACUCGUUUAAAUAAUUUUACAUGACAUUAUUUACAUAGGGAAGUGAUACUAUUAAAAUACAUCCUAAUUCUAUUUUAACAACGUGCGUCUCACUAAUUGAACGAAGGCAGUUUGGGAGAGGAAACUAACAUCGCUACGUUGUCAAAGCAAGCACACGCUAGAUAUCAACUAGUUAAACGUUUUUGAAUUGUAUUACUUGACUUUUACCAAGAUGGACAUACAACACCGGCAGCGUCCGGUCAAACCGGACCAGAGUUUUUGGGACAACCGAAGACAGUGGACCGCAAGGAUUUUCUCCAUGCUCUGCUGUGCAAUGGUGAUGUCGGUCGUUGCAGUAUUCUGCGCCUUUGUUUACCUCAUCUUGAAAGAGAUGCAGAAUGAGAGAGUGAUUGGAGAGGAUGGCUCAGAGGUUAGACUCCUAGGGUUCUGGAGUGUUCUGGUCAUGUCGGUGCUAGCAGGGUUCUGCUGCUGUAGCUUCACAUGGACCAUCACCUACUUUGACUCUUUUGAGCCCGGCACGUUCCCCCCAACGCCCCUGUCCCCUGGCCACCUCAGGCAGGUGACAGGUCACUCCUUCCACAUGAGCUACAGUGUGGCGGUCCUAAAUGGCAUUGUAGCGGCGAUCACCAUCAUCUGGAGCCUUACCUGACCUUACCCACAACCCCCUGUUCUACCUGACCUUACCCACAACCCCCUAUUCUACCUGACCUUACCCACAACCCCCUGUUCUACCUGACCUUACCCACAACCCCCUGUUCUACCUGACCUUACCCACAACCCCCUGUUCUACCUGACCUUACUCACAACCCCCUGUUUAACCUGAUCUUACCCACAACCCCUGCUCUACCUGAUCUUACCCACAACCCCCUGUUUAACCUGAUCUUACCCACAACCCCUGUUCUACCUGACCUUACUCACAACCCCUGUUUAACCUGAUCUUACCCACAACCCCCUGUUCUACCUGAUCUUACCCACAACCCCUGUUCUACCUGACCUUACCCACAACCCCCUGUUCUAUCUGACCUUACCCACAACCCCCUGUUCUACCUGAUCUUACCCACAACCCCCUGUUCUACCUGACCUUACCCACAACCCCCUGUUCUAACUGACCUUACUCACAACCCCUGUUCUACCUGACCUUACCCACAACCCCUUGUUCUACCUGACCUUACCCACAACCCCCUGUUCUAUCUGACCUUACUCACAACCCCUGUUCUACCUGAC